AUGAUUGACCUGAAUGAGGAACCAGCUGAAAAUAAUGGUGAUCCAUUCUACUGUACACAACAUGCUGCUGGAAAUGUAGAAUUUGUGGUGGAAUCACCUAAUCCCCCUAUCAUGCAAAGAGUCAAUGCUGCUGCUACAGAAGCAAUGGAGACAGAUGGGCAGUCAAGUCGUGGGGGACGGGCUCCAGGCAGUACACAAGUACCUGCAGCUGUAGCAGCUGGGAGUGAUGCUCAUACCCUUGAUGGCACAGGUGCUGCAGGUGAUACUGGUGGCACUGUUGGUAAUGGUUUGGGUGCUGAAAAUGAUGAUGAAGCUUGGUCACAGCCCAAGGAACCUUAUGUGGGCAUGAGGUUCGACACUUUGGAAGAUGCCAAGGAGCAUUACAAUGCAUAUUCCUUGCAAAUGGGUUUUUCAAUCAAAAUGAAUAGUUCAAGGAAGGAUAUGAAAACUGGGGAGUUGAUAAAACAACAGUUUGUUUGCAACAAGUUUCGAAAGCCUGAUGUUGAUGACGGAGGGACAGAAAAGAUUCCCGUGCUAGAUGACAUUGCUGAGCAAGCAAAAGAUGAUAAUGAAGAUGAGGCUAUUGUCUUUCUUGAUGAUGAUAGUAAAGGCAAAAAGAGGAGCAAGAAACGAAAAAGAGAUAAAAUUGUGCAAACUGGUUGCAAAGCUAAGAUGAUUGUGAAGGUUUUGAACCACACCCCCUCCUCCCUAUCUUCUAACUUUAAGAACCUGGACAUGCCUACUGGUCGUAUGAUGCACAUCAUGUCAGAUUUCUAUGGGUCAGAACUCAUUGUACCUUAUGGCACUAAGCACAUUACAAACCUCAAGACGCUCUUGAACAAGGAUGAUACAAAAGAAGGGGAUAUGAUAGAGACAGUUGCUUACUUUAAAGAUCAGCAAAGAGAGGAUCCAGAAUUUUUUUACAAGAUAAAAUAUGAUGAGGAAGACAGGGUUGAGAAUAUUUUUUGGGUCGACAGUGCAGCAAGGAAGGCGUACAUGGAAUCUUAUCAUGAUUGUAUCUCCUUUGACACAACCUUGAUGCCAGAAGAAUUUGAGGCAGGGUGGUGUGAGCUGAUGAUGAAGUAUGAGGCUAUGACUGACUCCCACUUCGAGAAUCUAUACAAGUACAAAGAGACAUGGGUACCCUGCUACUUCAAGCACCAAUUCUUCCCUUUCUUGCAGUCAACUCAACGCAGCGAGGGGUUCAACGCUGUCCUUAAGCGAUAUGUGAACCCACACAAGUCCAUUUUGAACUUUGUGAAGCAAUAUCAGAAAAUCCAAACACACAUACUAGUCCGGGAGGGUUCAAAAGACUACAGGACAGGGCAUUUACAGACUGAAAUGUGGUCAUCUUACCCAAUAGAGAAGCAAGCGUACGGAUCGUAUACUAGGGACUUGUACGAGAAGUUUCGUGAUGAGUUUCAGUUGACUACAAGGUACAAUGUGCGACCGCAUGGUGAAAACUUGUAUGAGGUUUACCCAAAUCAAGAGUGGGUUGCCAAAUAUGGUUCUAGGGGCUAUUUUGUCACGGUGGAAGCUAGUCCUGGAGACUGCAGAUAUGACUGCUGCAAGAUUGAGAGGGACGGCAUGCUUUGCUACCAUAUCUUGAAAGUUUUCAACCAACUUGGUGUUGAUGAAAUCCAAGCGCAGCAACUGGUGGCCCUGCGGUGCAUCCUGAAGGGCCUGCACAAGCCCCUUCUGGACCUAGGCAGCAGCGGCCUACUUCUGCGCCACCACCGAGUAGCACUCAGGCAACUAGUGGCCCUGUAG